GAAAGAACCUUUAACAGGGCAAGCUUAGGGCAGAAAGGAGAUUCUGAGACAGAAAGUCCAGGACAGUCAGAGACGAAGAUGGGAGUCUAGGGAGAGAGACAGAGACAGAGAGAGACAGAGAGAGAAGCAGGGAACACAGAGAGAGACUCAGACAAGACAACAAGCCAAGUGGCUGGCGAUGGGCACUGAGGAAGUCACCGUCAGAGGCCCUGGGGUGAACCUAAUACACAGGACUUCCAGCUUGACUCCCCUGCUGCUCGUGGGACUGCUGACCACAGGCCUGGCCCAGUCAUCAGUCCCUGCCUCCGUUCCUCGGGGCUUUUGGACUCUGUCUGAAAACCUGACUGCAGUGGAAGGGACAACGGUUAAGCUGCCGUGUGGGGUCAGAGCCCCUGGCAGUGUGGUGCAGUGGGCUAAGGACGGGCUCCUUCUGGGUCCAAACCCCAGGAUCCCAGGCUUCCCAAGGUACAGCCUGGAAGGAGAUCCUGCUAAAGGGGAAUUCCACCUGCUUAUUGAAGCCUGUGACCUCAGUGACGACGCAGAGUAUGAAUGUCAAGUUAGCCGCUCAGAGAUGAGCCCCGAGUUCGUGUCUCCCAAAGUAAUCCUCUCCAUCCUAGUCCCCCCCAAAGUGCUUCAGUUGACGCCUGAGGCAGGAAGCACAGUCACCUGGGUAGCUGGGCAGGAGUAUGUGGUCACCUGUGUGUCUGGGGAUGCCAAACCAGCACCUGACAUCACCUUCAUCCAGAGUGGACAAACUGUGCUGGACGUCUCCUAUAAUGUGAACGAUGGGUCUGAGGAGAAGCUCUUCAUCACAGAGGCUGAAGUCAGGGUGACACCCCAGAGCUCGGAUAAUGGGCAGUUACUCGUCUGUGAGGGGUCCAGCCCAGCUUUGGACGCUCCCAUCAAGGCUUCAUUCACCAUGAAUAUUCUGUUUCCCCCAGGACCUCCUGUCAUUAAUUGGCCAGGUUUGGAUGAGGGCCAUGUCCAGGCAGGGCAGAACCUGGAGCUGCCCUGCCUGGCCCGAGGUGGAAAUCCUCCUGCUACCCUGCAGUGGCUGAAGAAUGGUGAACCAGUGUCCAUAGCUUGGGGCACAGAGCAUGCCCAGGCAGUGGCCCACAGUGUGCUGGUGAUGACUGUGCGCCCUGAAGACCAUGGAGCUCGGCUCAGCUGUCUGUCCUACAACAGCGUAUCUGCAGGGACCCAGGAGCGAAGCAUCACACUGCAGGUCACCUUUCCCCCGAGCGCCAUCACCAUCCUGGGAUCUGCAUCGCAGUCUGAGAACAAGAAUGUGACUCUCUGCUGCCUUACCAAGUCCAGUCGCCCCCGGGUCCUGCUGCGAUGGUGGCUGGGUGGACGGCAGCUGCUGCCCACUGAUGAGACAGUCAUGGAUGGCCUGCAUGGUGGCCACAUCUCUAUGUCCAAUCUGACACUCUUGGUGCGGAGGGAAGACAAUGGCUUGUCCCUCACAUGUGAAGCCUUCAGCGAUGCCUUUAGCAAGGACACCUUCAAGAAAUCACUCACCUUGAACGUGAAAUACCCUGCCCAGAAGCUGUGGAUUGAGGGACCCCCAGAGGGGCAGUACAUCCGGACUGGGACUCGGGUAAGGCUGGUGUGUUUGGCCAUCGGAGGCAAUCCAGACCCUUCCCUCACCUGGCUUAAGGACUCACGCACGGUGAGCAGCGAGCCUCGGCAGCCCCAGGAGCCCCGGCGUGUGCAGCUGGGCAGUCUGGAGAAGUCUGGCAGCACGUUCUCCCGUGAGCUGGUGCUGGUCAUAGGACCCUCAGACAAUCAAGCCAAGUUCUCAUGCAAGGCGGGUCAGCUCAGCGCGUACAGGCAGUUGGUGGUGCAGUUCCCCCCAACCAACCUGACCAUCCUGGCCAACUCAUCCGCUCUGCGCCCGGGCGAUGCCUUGAACCUGACCUGUGUCAGCAUCAGCAGCAACCCCCCAGUCAACUUGUCUUGGGACAAGGAGGGAGAGAGGCUGGAAGACGUGGCCGCACCACCCCAGAGCGCCCCGUUCAAAGGCUCCGCUGCAUCCAGGAGUGUUUUCCUUCGCAUAUCAUCCAGAGACCACGGGCACCGGGUGACCUGUCGGGCUCACAGCGCCGCACUUCACGAAACUGUGAGCUCCUUCUACAGCCUCAACGUUCUGUACCCUCCAGAGUUCCUGGGGGAGCAAGUGCUGGCAGUGACGGCCGUGGAGCAAGGCCAGGCGCUGCUGCCCGUGUCCGUGUCUGCUAACCCCGCCCCGGAGGCUUUCAACUGGACCUUCCGGGGCUACCGCCUCAGCCCAGCUGGCGGUCCCCGGCAUCGCAUCCUGUCUGGCGGAGCUCUGCAGCUGUGGAAUGUGACCCGAGCUGAUGGUGGCAUCUAUCAGCUUCACUGCCAGAAUUCAGAGGGCACCGCCGAGGCGCUGGUGAAGCUGGACGUGCAUUAUGCUCCCACCAUCCGUGCCCUCCAGGACCCCACUGAGGUAAACGUUGGGGGUUCCGUGGACAUCGUCUGCACCGUUGAUGCCAAUCCCAUCCUCCCAGAGAUGUUCAGCUGGGAGAGACUGGGGGAAGAUGAGGAGGAUCUGAGCCUCGAUGACAUGGAGAAGAUGUCAAAGGGAUCCACUGGGCGUCUGCGGAUUCACCAGGCCAAACUGUCACAGGCUGGUGCUUACCAGUGCAUUGUGGACAAUGGGGUGGCACCAGCAGCAAGAGGGCUUGUCCGUCUUGUUGUGAGAUUUGCCCCCCAGGUGGAUCGCCCAACUCCCCUAACCAAAGUGGCUGCGGCUGGGGACAGCACCAGCUCAGCGACCCUCCACUGCCGGGCCCGAGGUGUCCCCAACGUUGACUUCACUUGGACCAAAAAUGGGGUCCCUCUGGAUCUCCAAGAUCCCAGGUACACAGAGCACAAGUACCACCAAGGUGUUGUCCACAGCAGCCUCUUGACGAUUGCUAAUGUGUCCGGCCAGGACUACGCCCUCUUCACAUGCACAGCCACCAACGCCCUCGGUUCCGACCACACCAACAUCCAGCUCGUCAGCAUCAGCCGCCCUGACCCUCCUCUGGGACUGAAGGUUGUAAGCACGACCCCUCACUCGGUAGGGCUGGAGUGGAAGCCUGGCUUUGAUGGGGGUCUGCCUCAGCGGUUCCAAAUCAGGUACGAGGCCCUGGAGACCCCAGGAUUCCUCUACGUAGAUGUCCUGCCACCCCAGGCCACCACCUUCACACUGACUGGACUGAAGCCUUCUACACGAUACAGAAUCUGGCUGCUGGCCAGCAAUGCCCUAGGGGACAGUGGAUUGGCUGACAAAGGGAUCCAGGUCUCCAUCACUACUCCAGGCCUGGACCAGGCUCCUGAAGACACAGACCACCAGCUGCCCACAGAGCAGCCUCCAGGACCCCCGAGGCUGCCCCUGCUGCCCCUGCUGUUUGCGGUCGGUGGUCUUCUCUUGCUUUCCAACGCCUCCUGCGUUGGGGGACUCCUCUGGCGGAGAAGAUUGAGGCGCCUGGCUGAGGAGGUCUCAGAAAAGACGGAGGCAGGGUCGGAGGAAGACCGAAUCAGGAACGAGUAUGAGGAGAGUCAGUGGACUGGGGACCGGGACACAAGAAGCUCCGUGGCUAGCACAGCGGAAGUGGAACCACAUUACUACUCCAUGAGGGACUUCAGCCCCCAGCUUCCCCCCACACUGGAAGAGGUGUCGUAUCCCCAAGCCUUCACAGGUAUUGAAGAUGAAGACAUGGCCUUCCCUGGACACCUGUAUGAUGAGGUGGAGAGAGCCUAUGGCCCGCCUGGGGUCUGGGGACCCCUCUAUGAUGAAGUCCAAAUGGACCCCUAUGACCUUCGCUGGCCUGAGGUCAAGUAUGAAGAUCCAAGAGGACUCUAUGAGCAGGUGGCAGAAGACUUAGGUGUUGCGGAACCUAACUCUCUACCCUUUGAGCUGAGAGGACAUCUGGUCUGAGACUCUUUGUGACACACAUUUCCGACAGCAACGGGGAAGACAUGAAGGAAUGUGUGUGAGUGACAAGAAGAUUCAAGUUGACAUCUGGGAUAAGCAAGGCUCCUUUUAUAGGAAUGAAACUUCUCCGAAGGAACAGAGCCACUGGAAAUGACAUCUGAACAAUGAGAAUCUAUUUUAAGCAUCAUUAUACUUUUCAAAAGUAAAAAUUUUAGAAGUAGGAAAGACCUAUUAAAAUCCCAUUCAGAGCCUAGGGAUGCGCUCAGUGGAAGGGUGUGCGCUUUAGCGUGUGUGAGGUUCUGGGUUGCAGGUUACAGCCAGCCUUGGCGUUCGUUACACACACACAAGGCUGGGCAUGGUGGUCCACCCCUGUCAUUCUGGCUCUGCAGGAUGCUGAGGCAAGAGAAACACAAGUUCAAAGUCAGCCUGGGCCACUGAAAGUAUAGGGGCUGGAGAGAUGGCCUGGGGAUUCAGAGUUCUAAUGGCAGCUAACACUCUGAGGACCUGAGUUUGGUUCCCAGCACCCACAUCAGGUGACUCACAAUCACGUCCCUCCAGCUCUAGAGAAUCUGAUGUUUUCUUCUGAUCCCCAUGGGCACCUGCACUCAUGUGUACAUACCCUUAUAGACACAUACAUAUACACACAAUUAG